UAGCAGAGGGCCGUUUGAACGGUAGCGCGGAGUUCGUUUAAACCGUUUGGUUAGAAUGGACCUUCGCAACGGCCGGCCUGUUUUGACAGGUGUUGUAGCAUAUGUUGAAGUAUGGUCAUCCAGCAGAACAGAAAACUACUCAAAAACCUUUACUCAACAGCUCCUUGAUAUGGGAGCAAAAAUUUCUAAGACUUUGAAUAAACAAGUUACUCAUGUGAUCUUUAAAGAUGGAUUCCUGUCUACGUGGAAUAGAGCUCAAAAAGCUGGAAUUAAACUAGUGUCAGUACUUUGGGUAGAAAAAUGCAGAGAAGUUGGAAUGCAUAUUGAUGAGUCAUUAUAUCCUGCAAUAAAUACUAAUGAAGGGUUGCCUCAGUUUAUUAAAAAGCACAAAUGCAUGCAGCCCCAAGAUUUAUUUGGAAAAACUCCAGAGAAAGAUCGUAGAUUACAAAAAAGAAUGGAAACUAUGGUUAAAGAAUUAGAAAUGCAAAGAACAGCAACAGAAACAGACAUACCAGUUUUAUUAUUUGAAGAUGAUGGUUCACUGGUGUACAGCCCAGCAAGUAAAAUAAAGUAUCAAUGCGGUAUAAUGGAGAAAAGAAUAAAGGACAUGAAGGAGAAAAGAGAAAAUGUUUCCCCUACUGCUUCACAGUUAUCUCAGAUGUCUGACGCUGACCCUGCUGUUGUGUCUACAACAUCAACUUCAGCAUUGACUUCAGAACUUGAGAAUAAUCACCUUUUAAAUUCAAGUUUUGCCAAUUUGGUUGGAAGUCCUGAAACCGAGAACCAUGGAAAAAAAUCAAGCAACUGUUUAGCAAAUACUGAAAAUGUGAUGGAUGUUUCCAGAGCUGAAUUAUAUACCUCUUCUGAUUCUCCAAGGGACUCUCAACAUACAGGCCUAAAGCGAUUGAGUGGUAAAGGUUUACAUAAAAAUUCAACCUUACUUAAUGACAAAGGAUGUGAUUUCCCUGUCAAAAAGUCAAUAAUGCCUUCAACCCCAGAAUGCAAAGAUGGUAUUGACUGGUUUUUAGCCAUUGCUGAUAAUCCCCUUCCUCAGGUGAAAAAUGUGGACCAUACAGUUUCUGCCAAAAAUCUGGUCCAUUGUGAACUUACUGGAAAUACCAGCAGCAGUAGUUCUGAGAAUGACUUUUCUUCAAUUAAUCUAAUUGAUACUCCAGUAAUGACUAAAAAUUCUUCUCUUUGCAAACAACAACAAUAUAGAAGGAAAUCAAGCCUUAAACUGAAGGCUUCUAUAUCACAUGAUAAAGAACCUCAGAAUGAUUUCUUGCUUGCGUUGCUUGCUCCGAGUAAGUCUGCUAAAGAUCAAGAUACUUCUUUUGAAGAUUGUUUUUCAUCUUCUAACUUUACUAAAAAUAAAAUAAGAGCCAGCAUCCUUCCAUGUCAGCAAAAGUUACAGAAUGAUAAAGAAAUGGUGUAUAAUUCUCCCAGAAGCAAAUUAGAAGGUUUGUUGCAACAUUCUAGUCCAGUAAGUGCACGUUACAACAGAAAGAGGAAAAGAGUGACUGAUAUUACUGAGGAUGCAGUUAGUGAGCCCAACCUAUCUACCCCUCUUCAAAGGAGAAAAACAGGUGUAAAUUGUACAUCAAAUGGUGAAAAUGGAAACAUAGUAGAAACGUCAGACUGUUUUUUAAAUUCCAACAUUCAGGAACAGAUCACAAUCAGUUCUGCAGCUGGUAAGUUGUUAUUGAAAGAUAAUCAUCCAGCAAAUAAUGCCAAAUUUUCAACGAGUGAUGCCAAAAAUGCUGCUUGUGAACAUUUGGGGAGCCAUGUGAAUGAGCCUGAUAGGAAAUUAAAGAUUAGGAGAAUUAAAAAGCCUUUGAGAACCUUAGUCAUGACAAGCAUGUCCCCUGAAAUGCAGAAAGUAACUCUGCAGGUGCUGAAGAAGCUGGGUGGUUUUCUGACUUCUGAUGAAGUAUGCAAAAGUACAAGUCAUGUAAUUGCAGGGAGCCCCCGCCGGACUUUAAAUAUACUUAUGGGAAUUGCUAGGGGCUGCUGGAUUGUUUGUUAUGAUUGGGUUUUGUGGUCUCUGGAACAUGGCUAUUGGAUUUCUGAAGAGCCAUUUGAACUGUCAGUGGAUUUCCCUGCAGCUCCUAUUUCCCGAUUUCAGCACAAUAUUCUUAAAGAAAAAGGGUAUCAAAAACUCUUUGCCAAUCAACCUCUAAUGUUCAUAUCUCGUACAAGUCAGCCCCCCUAUCAGAAGCUCUGUGAGUUGGUACAGCUUUGUGGAGGAAAAAUAUGUAAAACCCUCCGUCAAGCUAAAAUUUGUAUUGGACAGUGCAAAGUUGGAAAGUAUGUGGAUAUGCAAUGUUUAUCAGAAAAGUGGAUUAUAGAUUCAAUCACCCAGUACAGGAUCUGCCCUCUUGAAAACUACUUGUUUCAGAACAAGGUUAAGUCUGCAUCAAGGAUCAAUUAAUGUCAUAAAAUUUGGGUUGCAUCUAAGAAAUGGAACAAUUAAUACUGUUGUGUUUCAGGUUUGUGAGUGUUGAACAGGUUGAAAGCCAAAUGUAUGUAUUGUAAAAAC